AAAAUUGUCCUAUUGCAAGACGAUACGAUUCCAAAAUAUUUUUUGCAACACGGAAAUAUGAGAAUUCAGUGGCGGAAUAUUGUAACAAGUUGAUGCACAGUUCCGAGAUCCAAUGAAAAAGACAAACCGCGUGUGAUGACGGGAGGGGUGCGCUUUAAACGCUGAACGGAGGACGUGCAAAUCGAAACUUAGUGGUUCAGUCUGCGAAAGACCUCACAGACUGACCUUCCUCUAAAGGGUCUGAUUUGGAGUCCAGAUUCAGGGACACAAAGAAAAGGCUGUUGAAUUUUACUAUUUAAAGCAGUGCAAAAAUGUCAUUUACACGUGAACAAUUUUAUAACGAGGCAAUAAGGCCGAAUUUGGCUCGUUUUUCAUCAACGGUCAAAGUGAGAGAUAUCUUACCUCACCUGCCAUGCCUCACACUCACUGAUAGGGAAGAGGUCGAAGCCAAGAGAGAAACUUCUGGAAACUUCACUGCUAUGCAGACACUUCUGGACAAUCUACGCAGACGUGAGAAAUGGCCUGAUGAGUUCAUCACUGCACUCCGGAACUGUGAACAUAGGGAACUGGCUAAUGAGAUGAGAGCUACUUAUGACAGGAUCAGGGGCAUCACAAAUAAUGCUGCUCCUGCUGCUCCUAAACCCAGACCAGCACCUGCAGCAGGUGCUGCUUCUACUUCAUCUGGUUCCACAACAACCACAACCACAGUGACAGUUCAUGCAGUCCCAGCGACCACACCUCAUCUGCUGAUUCCACCCUCAGGGGGAGCCCCAGCAAGUUCAAUGGCCCCUUCCAACGCUGCAGCCCUAGAACCAUCUCCUGCUCCUGUUAAACCUCCUACUCCAGUUCCAGCACCUUCUCCUGAACCAGUUUCCCAAGCUGAAGUAGCACCUCCUGUUGUAGCUACUUCCCAAGCACUUCACCCUCCUGUAGGCUCAGUUUCUGAAGUGUCUUUACCUGUUCCAACCGCUGAGAACAAAACACCUGCUUUAGAUAAUUCAGAUGGCUUGGCUUUAACAGACCGAACCACCAUCUCCUCAUCAACUGGUGAAGCUCUCCUCUCCACCUCAAGUGCUCAAACAUCCUCCUCAGACACUUCCACUGCUCAAAACCAAAUAACAAAGCCUUACACCACCUCCCAGACUUCUCCGAAGUCAAAGAACACCCAGGUGCCAACAGCAGACAAAGAUAUUGACACUUCUGAGAGACUUCCUGUCCAAGACACUAAUCCCUCAUUGAGAAUGCAAAGGACAUUUCAGGAGCCGGAAGAGAUCUCUGACCCAACUGCAAAUGGGGGGAUUCAGAGGAACAACACUGUUGGGUUGCCAGUUUUCAAUAAUGCUCCAACAAAUUCUACCAGAACAUCUCAGGCAACAUCUUCUGCACCUGCUGAGGUGGUUAAUGCAUCUCCUUCUUCCAUCAACCAGGAAUAUUUCAGCAAGCCUGGUGUCCUUCAGCCUCCAGAACCCCAGCAGAACAGAGCAGAGAUUCUUCCUGUCUUUCAAGAGGAGCCUUGCUCAGUGGUUUCAGAUGAUUUGGAGAUCAGUAACGCGACAGACUCUUCCACAGAACUUGGAGAGUCUAAUAGUCUUGCAGACCAGAACUCCGCUCCCUUUGAUUCUGCUACUCAGUCCUUUCAAGACCCUCCAUACAAUGCUGCUCCCUUGACCCAUAACCAGCCUGAGGAGGACCACUAUGAAUCUUUCUACGAGAAUCAUACUCAGAUAAAUGUAAUCCGGUAUGCUGAAGAGCCAUCUGCUGAAAAUAUGAAUGGUCAGCCACCAAGCAUGCUGCAACGUAGCAGAGUCAUCUCUGAGGACCAGCGUACCCUGAACUAUGUUGGCACAGAAAGUGCAGUUCUUCUUUCUGAGCCAUCUGGGCAUGACCGUAAGAAGUCAACCACCAUCAGCAUUCGAGAGGAAGAAUCCAGUGCUGCUAGGCCAGAGCAGAGAGGAGAGGGGCGCCCAGAGUUAUUCAGGAUAAACAACUUCCACCUUAUUGCUGCUGCAGGGAUUGGUCUUUCUGCUGCAUUCUUGGCCUGGAAGUUCACCCACAAAUGAAAAUUUCAUCAUCAUGUACUCACUCUCGUGUUGCAUGAAUCCCCAUGACUUUUUUUUUCAAUGAAACACAAAGGGGCUUAUUAAGUGAAAUGUCCAGGCUGCUCUUUUCCAUAAAUAACAGCGGAUAGUAACUGGUGUUGAAGAAAAGGACAAAACGUACAAUAAAAGUAGUCCCUGUAAGGUUUGUGCUAUAUACCAAGUCUUCUAUAACCAUUCGAUAGCUUGCUAUAAGGAACAGACUGAGAUUUUAGUUGUCCAACAUGAUCUCUUUCUCCAAACUCUCCAGUGGUUUUAUCCUCAUGUAUUAUUUCAUGUGUGCACAUAUAGGUCUAUAUGUAAUGGUUUGCCACGUGCCUUACAUAGAUAUGCCUUGUACGCCAGGGCCAAUAAUGAAUUUGACUGCCAUUGCAUCUGUGAAAUGUUUCACUAGUAAAUUGAUUGUCAUGGAGCUUCAAAGUAAUUUGGAGGACCCAGUUUGACUGGUACUACAUUGUACAACAAUUUGAUGUAUUGUGAAUUGUGGUGAGGAUAUAUAGAAGAAUAUAUCCUGUGUGUGACAGACCAUGAAUAUAAGGAGCAUUUAUGAAAAACUCAUUUGGAACAUAUUACAUGGACUGGACAAUUGCUCCAGCCCUCUCCUUAAGGAACUCUUUCUCCAUCACUGUCCCAUAUUUUCUGGACAGUUGGACCCCUGUAAGAGUUUCAAAGUGUCCACACACACAGAACGCUGUCCACUUUUGACAAAAAUCAAAUGUGUUCUCCUAAUCCCUGCUAUAAGAGUUACCUAUAGUGGUAUAACUGUUAAGAUAGAUUAGGCUAAAUGCAAACAGAACCAAGUGCCCCAUGGCCCAAGAUUAUAUUGUUUAUAUUGCUGAUAUGUAAGUGUUGUGUCUGCAGAAGUCUCCAAGUCCAGUGCACAACAGUAAUACAUCGAUAUGUAGUUGAAAAAGAUUGUACACUGUAUUCUAGGUAUAUUUUUAAGUUCACACAUUCUCUGAGAUGUAAACUUGUGUUCUUUGGGGUUGCUGGCGGCGUUGCUCUAUCGUUUGAGCUGCAGAAACAACAUAAGAUUCAUGCUAUUCGCAUCAAGUUAUCUGUGUAAGGGUAAACUGCUACAUGAACAGCAUUGGAAAUGACUGAAUGCAUUACAUGUACACUUUUAAAUGUAAUUCAUGUCAUUUUUAAUCAGACACUGCGCUUUAUCCACACUUUUGAUGUGAAAUGAUCGAACCUGAUUUUAAAUGCACUGUAUGUGUUAAUGUUACUCCUGAUCUUAUGAGUAUUUUAUCUGGUUAUUGUAGGUUUGCUAGAUAAGUUACUGUAAUUCAGGGGAAUAUUUGCGCUAAUAUUUGUUUUGCUUUUGUGUACUGCUCAAUAUUGAUCAUGCACAGUCAAUAAUGAUUUCCAGAAAUGUUUCUGAAAUAAAAUAUCCUAACUUGA